UUAAGUGCGGCUACUCGCUCGACGGGUUUGCAGGCAGCAAAGGCGUCCCCGUAUGGCGGCAGCGCGCCAGCUCCACGGCCUCCUCCGCCUGCCGCCUCCCCGCCCCCUCCGCCCCGUCUUCGUGCCACCAACUCCCUGCCGCGCACGCCCUCCCCUCGCCUCCCUGCGUAUUCCACACCCACCAUCUCCUCUCCCCAAGAAACGCCUCUCCAGCGCUCCCGAAGCCAAAGGCGAGACGGCGGCGGCGUUAUUGGGGGAGGGGGAGGAGGGGAAUGGAGCGACGGAGGAUGAGGCGCGGGAGGCGCAAGAAGGGGCGGGGGGAUACGCGGAGAGCGUUGGCGCCGGGGACCCCGCGGGCCCUCCGGCCCAUCACCUUGCGGCCCGCGCUGGUCUUGGGGACCCGGUGUUCUUCCUCCUGACCUUCGUCGCCGUCACGACAUCCGUUGCCUUCAUCAGCAUGGUAGCGGUGGCGAUUCCUACGAUGCUCGCUAUGAGGAGAGCUGCAAAUUCAUUUGCUCUGCUGGCUGAUGCAGCUCUGGAUGAGUUACCGAGCACGAUGACAGCUGUAAGACUCUCUGGCAUGGAAAUCAGUGAUUUCACCCUUGAACUUAGUGACUUGAGCCAAGUGAUAGCAGACGGUGUGAACAAGUCAACGAAUAUUGUUCAAGCAGUAGAAGAUGGAAUAGGACAAAUGAGGAAUAUAGCUCGGCAGAAGACUAAAUAGAAUGACAGACAAGCGAGGAAACUUGCGGCGGAAUAUUAUCACCGCAGGGCCAGCUAAAAGUUCAAAUGAUUCGUCUAGCCAAUACAUGGACCAUAGAAGAAACGACCAAUCAUCUGUUAAGAGUAUCUUGACAUUUUUCACAGAACUCCAAAUGGCGCAUAAGACUGCUUCUGGGUGGGACGUAAACGCUUAGUAAUAUACAAUUGUUGGUAGGCCAGCUUGGUUGGCAUAAAAUGUUUGUCUCUGUAUGAGGUAGAAUGAGAAAUUGAAGAGGCAACAAAUGGUUUUUGAUUUAUGAGCAUGCCUAUACUGUGUACUUAGGAUGCUCCAAUUUGGAAAUAUUGUGCAGCGCCGAAAAUGAACUUGUGGUAGACGAA